AUGUCGAUCCUUUCUAAAUUCCUGCUAGUUGUUGCUAUAUGCCAACUGGUGCAUUCGGGUUUUAGCAGUCACGAAUUUCACGUACUGAAAAAGCAGUUAGCAUUGAGAAAUAGCGAUGUCGAUCAGCUCACUUUGCCAAGAGAUAUACAACUAGAAGUUUUAUCCGGGCUCGUAAUAUUCACACUAUCGGUUUUCCUUUCGAACGACAAGCUUUCGUUCCUCUUGCUGCCUGGGAAGGGAAAACUGAUCAAACAGAACGCAUACUUGCAAGAGAUCAGCAUGAACCGAGCGACAAUAAGCAAUAAUUUGGCAGGUAGCGAUCCGUAUGGCGACGUUACGUACAUGCCCAACUUUGUCGACGUGCAUGCGAGACGUGAGCAAGUGAGAUCGUGGGUCAUUGAACAUGAUGAGAAGCAUUUGCAAUCUGAGCCAAAAGCCGAUCCAGAGACCAAGCAGGAUGCGAGGACAAAAUCCAUGCCAAUGCACACGCAGAAAUCGAAAAAAUGA